GCGAGUGGAUGCGGGCGCGAUGGACAGCGGCGCACUGCUCCGGCCCGCGCCCCCCGUGCCUGGUGUCUCCGGCGGCGGCUGCGCCGCUCGGCGGCGACCCACAUCCCCACCACUGCUGCGCUGCAGCCGGCGGCGACGGCCCGGCGCAUCGGAGACCGGGGGCGGCGCGGCGGCUGUGGCGCGGCGCAAUGAGCGCGAGCGCAACCGCGUGAAGCUGGUGAACUUGGGGUUCCAGGCGCUGCGGCAGCACGUGCCGCACGGCGGCGCCAGCAAGAAGCUGAGUAAGGUGGAGACACUGCGCUCAGCCGUGGAGUACAUCCGCGCGUUGCAACGCCUGCUGGCGGAGCACGAUGCCGUGCGCGCCGCGCUGGCCGAGGGGCUGCUGGCACCAACAGCCGCGCGGCCCCCCGCAUCCAGCGGGCCUCCCGGGACCCCCGCCGCCGCCGCCGCCGCCUCGCCUUCCUGCGCCUCGUCGUCCCCGGGCCGCGGGGGCAGCUCGGAGCCCGGUUCGCCGCGCUCCGCCUACUCCUUGGACGACAGCGGCUGCGAGGGCGCGCUUAGCCCCGUGGAGCGCGAGCUGCUCGACUUCUCCAGCUGGUUAGGGGGCUACUGAGCGCCCUGUCCCCGAGCAGCCGAAGCCCUGGACACCGAGCGGCCAGCGCGCUCAUCACCUAGGAGCAAAGUGGGCCGCCCGCGCCUCGGGCCCACCGUCCCGGCGGGCGAAGCCACCACCGAGCCUGGUCUCUGCCGACGGUCCCCCGUGCGGCCCAGCCUGACCAAGUGCCGCUGGGGAAACGGUCCCCGGCCUGAACCUGCCCCGCUGGCAGCGGCUUCCUCAGACCCAGACCACCCUUCCCCCAGAAGUUCUCCACCCGGAUGGGGCCAGGGCACCAACACCGAGAGUUUUGAACGGGAGAGGAUUUUAUAAAGGACACAGAACAGCGAUCUUUUACACAUUCAUUUGAACUGCCCAGGGAUACCGGUAAUAUGAAGACUUAUUUUUGUAUAAAAAAUUCCUUAGACUCUGAACACAAUAAAGAUUGUCUACCCCAGCCCCUCCCCACUACUGGAAUUUUCCAACCCCGCCAAGAUCUGGACGCUGGCUGCCCCCUGAGGGGCAGUGUCCCCGGUGGGCGUGCCCUUGCAGUGGCUGGAUCGCGCUCCCAGCUCCGGUCGGACCUUGUUGGAAAACCUGAUUCAGGGCAGGUGGACUUAACGAAUAAAUCAGUGCUGUGUAUCUGG